GCCAUUCUCAAGUUGUGUUAAUCUAGUCUAAUUUUCCCGUCUAUGAAAUGACGUUGUCCUUCUAACAUAACCUAACUUUUUGAUUUGCUUUUACCUUUUCCUGGUAUAAACGUAUAAAUAAAUGUGUUGUGGUUUUUCGGAUUCCCGCAGUUUUUCGUCGGUGAGGAAAGCUGUGGUCGGAAGUGCUGUCUGGUUGAAAUACUAGCCUCGUUUUGUGCAUUCAUAAUUUUUAUUCCAAACGUUCAAAAAUGGGCAAGAAUCAUAGACAUAAAAAGAACUUGAAAGCUGAUAAAGCAAAAGUACACCUGAAGCAGUCCAAAACUAAAUUCCUGCCAAAGGGCCAGAAUGUUACAAAUACUGCCUUCAAGGUCAAGCCCAUCAUCUUGCCAGAACAGUUAAAAGCCAAGUCUUCAGAUAUACCACUCAGUAGGAGGAAACUUGAUGCCAAGGACCUGCUGACUAGAUUAAAGCAUUACAAUGAAAAUAUUCGCCACAGUGCUUGUGAGGAACUAGCAGAUGUUAUGAAAAUACAUAGUAAUGAACUUAUCAGUCAGCAUUUAGCACAGAUAAUAGUUAGCAUUAGUUCCUUGAUGCAAGACAAGGAACAAAAGGUCAGGAAAGCUGCUGCCAAAGCUGUGCAUGUUAUCUUAGAAGUGACACCAGAAGAUAAGCUACAGCCAUUCUAUAACUGUUUUCUAACUAACUUGAAAUGUGCAAUGACUAAUAUUGACAGAAAUAUACAAGAAGGCUCUCUUACUUUUCUUGAUUGCUUUUUGAAGCAAAAGAGUGAACUAAUAUGUAGCUAUAGAGACAGUAUACUCCCUGAGGUGUUUUCAUUAUUUUCAAAGUUACAAAGUAGUUCUGGCCUUGACAGAAAACUAACACUUAACUUGGGCAGUAAAAUGACAUCUGUCACCUGGAGGAUCAAUAUUAUGAGUAGAUUGUUACAACUAUUACCUAAAGUUGAUGAAGGAGAUAUGAGUGGGGAUGCUAAUGGUAACCAUAACUUGUAUGAAGCUACAAAAUCUCACAUAUUUCCAAUUUAUAAGUAUGAAUUUGGUAGAGGGUUAGCUGCCACUGCUGAUUGUUUUGGAAUACAUCAUAAUGAUGCUGAAGCGAAUAAUGCAUUAAAUUUUCAAAUAAUGUCAUUCGUGCCAUUGUUGUAUCAAACCUUCAUAGAGGUGUUACCUGAAAAAAAGUCUUCAAAGUCUAGUGAUGAAGAACGUGGCAAUAUCUCUAGGGUAGAAAGUAUUCCCAAAAAUAACAAAGAAACAUAUGUCCUAAAAUUUCACAUUUACAAGAUAUUACGCCACUGUUGGGACUGAAUAAGGAUAAAAUAUGAACACUGUUCAAAUAAUGUUAUGAGUAUACUGCAUUAAGUGAGGAAGCAGCAGCAGUUUUGACGUGUGUCAUAAGUACACUGUAUGUGUUGUGGAAAUAUUACAGUAAAACAGAAGAAUAUGAAAACCUGAAAGAAGUUCUUCUGAAACCAGAAGCACGGAGGUUCUUAAGUCAUCUCUUAUCAAAUUUUCCAUACUGUAAAAGUGGCAGCACUAUGUUUAAAAAGUCAAAAAGCCAGAUCAUUCCAAAUAUGACCACAGAUGAUAAAUGUACAAAAGAAAACUUGAUGAUUGCAUACAUUUAUUUUUCAUUGGCUACAACUUGUAAACUUCAAAAGGAUAUGAAGUCAGAGCUGCAAAUGGUUACAUCUUUUGUGAAUAGAAUGUUGUUAACAAGAAAAGACCUCAACAAGACAGAAGGAAAACUAUUAGUUGAAUUUUUGAAACUGUGCUUCAUUGAUAAUACAACAAAGUUGAAAAAGUUUGGUAUUGAUCUGAGAACCAUCAUUGAUAACACUAUAAUUUUUUAUACACAUAGCACCACAAGCGAGUGGGUACAAAGGGAACUGUUUGCAAUACUUUUGCAUAUAGCAAAUGUCCCAACUUUGAAUAAAGCUUCAAAAACAGCAAUAUUUGAAUAGUACCAUGGCAACUAUAGCCCAGCCAUCUUGAUCAUAUUGCAAUAUAUGGUUUGGUUACAUCUGCUAUAUCUUGGCAAUAUUGUCUGCAAUACAUACAUCGACGUGUUAGAAUUUUUCAUCCGAAGGGCUACAUACAAGAAUGACUAACAAAAUUUUGACAUUAAGUAGAAUUCCGAUCGUUCGGAAAUCUGACAGCAGUAUAUAAGAAUAGGAAAUGUCAGGUAUGUGUAGUGAUAUAGACGGAUAUAGCCAGGCUAUACUAGAAAUAGUAUUGUAGGUUGCUGGUUAGUCUAUUGCAGCUAGGGAUGGCAACAAUACUCGAUGUAUCAAAACAUCAAUACAUCGAACCUAGAACAUCAAUGUUUUGGCAUCGAUACAUCAAUCUUGAAGUGACCAAACAGAUUGGUUUACCUUACCUGUGCUGCCAUCUCUAAACGAGGAACGGUAGCUUUAUAACUAACAGAAUCUUCACAUUACCAACAUGUCAGAAAUCUGUUUAGAAGUACUCCAGUGAUAUGAAUAUUAUCUCUAGAUACGCUAGAUGGACGGUAGUCUCAGCUUUAUAUUCUGCAUGUGCUACUAGCGCCUAAAAUAAUGCUUAUACAUUGUAUUACAAUUUCUAUUUUUAUAAUUGGAUAUUAAACUUUCUCGAAUGCUGG